AUGGAUCGAAGGGAAGCUAUGAUGUUACCUGGAUCCGCUCCUUACUAUAUGCAGAGAGGGAUGAGUGGGAGUGGGAGCGGGACGGGGAAUGCCCCUGGUUUUCAGGGAUCACCAAGCAUUAGUCCUUCAUUAGCUGCUGGUAAUAUUGCCUUUCAAUCUAGUAGUAGCGGCGCUCCGAUUCCACAAACGCUAGUAAUGGAUCCUUCAUCAACUAUGUCACCUAGAGGUAGUAUUGGUGCAUCAUCAUCACUCCCACAAGGUGAGCCUGUUCGCAGAAAGAGGGGUAAGCCUCGGAAGUAUGGAGCUCAAGGGGCGAUGUCCUUGGCUCUGAAUACACCUCCAUCUACUCAGGCAAUGUCAUUAAACCCAACUCAGAAGAGGGGUAGAGGAAGGCCACCAGGGUCUGGACGAAAGCAGCAACUCGUUUCUUUUGGUAAUUUUUCUCUUUAG